AUGACUUACACUCGAAGCGCUCGACAAGGGCGCUCGCAAUGGCCACCAGCGCCUUGUGUCGAGGAUGAACCUCAAUCUUUGUCAAAAGAGCUACAUGGUCUCUCUCAGCUUGGAGACACACCGGGGGCCACUGGCGUUCACAGAAGAGGAUCUAUUGAUCAGUACCCCAUCAUAGUGUCUGCCACGCCUCCUCCAUCUUCUACCUCCCCGGCGAGUGUUCCCAGUGUGCUGGGGCUAGGGAGUGUGUCCUCGGAUGAUAGUUCAGGGCCAAUAACCCCGCCCGCCCAAGAGCCAAUCUUCCGGAACACUGUCAGAUUCGAGACAGAUGGCCAGCCAAAACAUGCGCCACCAUCGGCUGCGAGCCAACCACGAGGACCGUCCUCUCGCCCAGUUCCUCAACAACAGCCCACUCGUGAGCUCCAUGCACAGCGAGAAUCUCAUCCGCCCUCUCAUGCGCGGGGUAGCGACUCCUACCGACAAGGACCACCAAGGCAGAAUGCUUUGCACGGCUCCCGUGGACCGAGCGCCCCGGAUCGCACAGCUCCCAGAGCUCCCGUGCAUGACCAGACAUACCAUCUUCAACCACCUAGGACCUCCCUAGGUCGGUCUAACAGUGCGAGACAUGCGCCCAUGUCAACACGGCCAAUGCCAGAACGGCUUCGACGGGAGCCUAGUUCAGGAUACCAAUCUGAUUCGGCCACCACAUGUAACAAGCCACUUUCACAUCAGUCCAAAGCGCCAGUACCUGUGGUUUCUGUACCAGAACCACUACCGAGUGUGCCAACCCUCGCAGAACGCAUCGAGGAGAAACUCCGCCAGCGACAAGAACAACGGGACCAAGGAUCUAUGUCGGACCCGGAAAUGCGAGAAACCCCAUCUGCUGUGAAGCCUUUAAACCCCGCGGAGCCGGUCAAUGGAAAUUCUACCAAGAUUUCUCCGUCAGCUACGGCUCGUACUUCUGCAUCACACUCACCUACCCGUGAUUAUCAGCAUAUUCCAAGCCCGCGAAUGCAACGCGAAGUCCCCGCAGUGUUGCGCACCCGCGCCGCAUCGGCCACAGCGCCACCUACACGCUCGAUGUCUGAAUCUCGCCAUACCUCGCGGCCAUUGCGCGAAACGUCUAAGCCUGUCUCCAACCAAGUCACGACCCAACACAACCCUCACAGAACGAUGAGUCAACCCGCACACAGUCGACAUGCCGACACAUCGCCACAGCGCCAGAACUAUACUGGACCUGCCCUAUCUCCUUGUCCCCGUACUAUUGCGGUGGCAGGCUAUGAAGACUGGUAUACCCUCAAAGGCCUGGACCACCUCGACAUCUGCCCGUCCUGCAUGAAGCAAUUAGCCAACACCCGAUAUCGAGACUACUUCAUCCCAAGCCGCCCAAAGCCCGGCGAAAAGAUCCGCUGUGCCUUUGCCAAUGCCUGGACCCGUCUAGCCUGGACGCAAAUGACUGAAUUGAAACACGACAAUCUCGAACUCCUCUCUCAAAUAGCCCUCGCACCACCCGGAGCCCGCCCCUGUCCCGGCCGCAAGCCCACCGAACAACCCUGGUACAGCAUUGUCGACCCAGAUAUCGGCACCCACAUUCGAGGGUUUCAGAUCUGCGGCAGCUGCGCGCGCAACGUACGCAUCCUCAUACCCACCCACCGUGACACCUUCACGCAAAUGCCCAAACCCAGCACAGCAGUCUGCCACUUCGUAACCUCCAGCCCGCGGUUCAUAAAGUUCAUGGACCUCCUCAGCGUCUGCACCCCGCCAGACACGCGUGAUUUCCUGAACUAUGUGCGACGCAAGGCCAUGCUCCACGACUGCGCCCGCGAUAGACCCGUUCACAGCACGUGGUACUAUAUUCCCGAUCUGCCGCAGCUGUGCGUAUGCGAGGACUGCUAUGACGAGAUUGUGUGGCCGCUCAAGCGAAGUAAUUAUCCCAUUGCCUGUGAGAUGAGGAAGAUGGAACCGAAGCGUGAGGCAAGUUGUCAGCUUUACUCGCUGCGAAUGCGUAGGAUAUUCUUGAACGCGGUCGACCACAAUGAUUUUGAGAUGUUGAAGACUGUCGCGCUGCAGAGAUUUGCGGCCGAGAGGCGGUUCCUUGAUCGUAUGAGGGACUUGCAGGUUGCACAGAAGCAGGGGCUUGACUGUGAUGAGCUUAUGAGGAGGGCUGUUGCUGAGUGGAGGAAGUGGGAAUGA